UGCAAUGAUGAAGAACGAAAGAAAAACAUUUCUGCCAGCCAUGACUCGUAAAUUUGUUUGCUGUCGGAGCAGUAGAAGGUCUAGAAUAUCUGCGAAAGUGGCAAGACCCGGUAAAUGCGUGAAUCGUAUAGUUCGUAUAGGUCAGCAAAGCUGAUCGGCUGAACUGGACUGGGCUGCUGACCAUAAGCAAACAGCGAAGAUUUAUGGCUAACUAAUCGACACGGGCAAUCCCAUAAAUCUGGACCCAGUUCGAAUGUCAAAUGGCUAAAAGGUCAGCGAGAGUAAAUUUCCACUUCACCAUGUCGGAUCCGAUUAACACCAACUUCGAUGAGAGUGGAGCUCCUCCCAUCGGAGGCGAUACAAUGAACAAGCGGCUGGAUUGCGAGCAUUUAGAUCAGAUGACGGAUAAUUGGACCGAUUAUCAAAGACCCUCGUUUGUCACAGCACUUCUGCGAUUUUUCGGCAACGUAUUUGUCGACAUAUUUAAUGCGAUUUUUGGCUGAGAAGUGAUGCAAAUACUCAGUAUACUUGUAAUUGCUGCCAGCGAGCAGCCAUUGGUUCAGUAGUAAAACUAAUAAAAUCGUUAGUGGUAAAAA